CCCACAGUAUGUCACUACUUCAUCAAGUUGCUGAAGAACAGGGGGCUACUCAAACGCUGCUACUCACAGAAUAGUCACACCCUGGAACGUGUGGCAGCAGGACUGGAGGGAGAGGACCUGAUUGAAGCCCACGGCACCUUCUACACCUCACUGUCAGAUUUAUGUGCCGGGAAGAGUAGGACUUGGACUGGAUGAAAGGUUUAGUGUGAGAAAAUCUUCUCUGAUGACAUCCCCAAAUGUGACAAGUGCAGCAAUCUACCAAAGAGGUUCUUCACCUCAGUGGCCAUGGACUUUCCUCGACUGUGAUUUGCUGAUUAUAAUGGGGACCUCCCUGCAAGUUCAGCUCUAUGCUGCUCUUGUUGGCAGGUGAGUCUUUCUGUCUUGACUCUUUUCACAGGAUCAUGAUUAUAAUGCUAUCUGAUACACUACUAUUGGUAUAGUAUUGCAUUUCAACAUGUGUCCACUUCAACCAUGGAUUCUAGAAUCAACGAGCUCAUAAAUGGUGUGUGAUGGAAUAUGUGUUUGCACUGUUUCAAACAGCUGCCCCAGACUGCUCAUUAACCGGGAGCCAGCAGGCAGCGUGAGUCCUCUGUCCUGUCCCUGUCUGUCUGGAUGUGCAUGAGACUUUCCUUCCUCUAUCCACCUCUGUAUUUCAACUUGUAUAUUUUUCUGUCUGUGUCUCCCUGUAGGCAGAUCCUGUAUUAGGGAUGAUAGGCAUUGGCGGAGGGAUGGACUUUGACUCAGAGAAAGCAUACAGGUGAGAAGCUAUCGCCUUCAAUUGAACUAUGAUGAUAAUGGUUAAGAUGGUGUUGGAAGUGUUGCUGGCUAAGGUAGAAUAACCAAUGAGAGUCCGGCCGGCUCCAAGCCAUCACUAGGCUUCAGUCUGGAAGCAGAUUUGCAUAGAGUAACCAGGACUGUGCUCUACUGUCUGGUUUUGGAUUUUCUCCCUUUAGUUUGCACUUUACUAACUUCCCUCUCCUCUCCAACCUCUGUUUGAUAUAAACCCACCUCCUGACUCCUACUGUGUGUAUUGGUCUGUCUUUUGACAGUUCCCACAGAUGGAGUUUAUAGCAAUACACACUAAAACGAGUAUAUUUUUCCUUCGGAGGGAGAGACCUACAGACACUGAGCUGUCAGCAUGCCAACUAGCUCUGUUGAGUCAGUUGAUUAAUUUAGACGGAAGUGAGAAAGUAUAGAAGACAUGGCAGGGUAACAAAGAUGAUGAAUGGCUGAUUCAUCCACUGAUGCAGUGACACAACUACUGUAAAUAAAAUGGAAAAAAAUAUAUAAUAUAGCAUUUUAUGAUCAAUUACUAUUUAUAAUCAAUUAUAAUUAUGCAUUUGUUUUUCAUGGCAUUGCUUUCUAUUCUUAUUGUUUAUAUAUUGUUUUAAUAUAAUUAUUUUUAAUCUAUUAAGCCUACCUGUGGUAUUUGGUUUCUCUACUUCCUGUGGAUGUUGGCGUUGGACGUUCCUAUUUCAGCACGAAUGAUGCAGCAGAAAGUUACCACAGUGGUGUAAUAUGAUGUCGCAGUACGUCUCUGGUGUUGACCAAAUGCAACUCCAUGCUUUCUAGAAGAUUUUGUGUGAUACAACAAUUAAAAACACAAAAUAACGUGGCAAGGUCUCCCACUGAAGUUGGUAUUUUUCAUGCACAUACACUACAUUAAGCAUUGAGCUCAUACACAGCUGGUACAACUGAUGUUGAUUGGUACAACUGAUGUUGAUUGGUACAACUGAUGUUGAUUGGUACAACUGAUGUUGAUUGGUACAACUGAUGUUGAUUGGUACAACUGAUGUUGAUUGGUACAACUGAUGUUGAUUGGUACAACUGAUGUUGAUUGGUACAACUGAUGUUGUCUGUGUGGGGUGCAUGGGUUAUUUCUUUCUAUGUUGAAUGUAUUGUAGCCGUGAGUUGAACAGAAAAUACUAUUGCACAUUUACAGUACACUUAGAAUCCCACCUUUUUAUUCCUAUGCAGCUUUUAACUGCAUCCAUUUUGUCUGUGUUUUCAGCUCUAUAAAGUGCAACAUUCAGAUGUGUCUCUGGGUAAAAGAGAGCGAGAUGAACAUUAUUCAGGUCUUGAGAGUAAAGGCUAAGCAGACUAAUUUCUUUAUGUUAGAUGUGUUAGCAAGGUUAACCACAUGAAGGGGGUGGGAGAUGAAGGAGGACGAGAGAAUGAGAAAAAGAAAAAUAGAGAACUUGUGGGCAAGUGGAAGUGCAACAUCAAAUGCCAAGGUGUGUGGUAGAGGCAGGUGAUGCAUCGACACAAAAUAUACUUCUGACGGAACAGAGAAAGACUGUUGCUGAGGUACGGAAUCUGCAGUAGACAAAUGUUUUACCCUGUUAUUUUUCACCGAUAAGACAAAUUGUAGAGCAACAUAGUUAGAAUGUCAGAGGACAGGUCUGUAGGCACAAGGUUACAACAUGAAGAGAUCUGUGGAGUUUGUUAGGCUGACAACAUGACGAGAUCUGUGGAGUUUCUGUUAGGCUGACAACAUGGCGAGAUCUGUGGAGUUUCUGGUAGGCUGACAACAUGACGAGAUCUGUGGAGUUUGUUAGGCUGACAACAUGAAGAGAUCUGUGGAGUUUGUUAGGCUGACAACAUGACGAGAUCUGUGGAGUUUCUGUUAGGCUGACAAUAUGAAGAGAUCUGUGGAGUUUCUGUUAGGCUGAAGGGGAGACACAUAAAGUCGCAGCUACUUUGACAAGCAGCCCUAGGGGCCGUUAACAGUAAGUAACCCUUUUUAAUACAUCUAUCAUCUCAAAUCAGCUGUAAAGGUUAGUUCACCAACUUUUGGGUGAACUAUCCCUUCAAAUGUUAGUUGAGGAAGGAUAUAAUCACUAUUUUUUUCCAGAAUAACUUUUUCAAAUAGUUGAAUGUUCUUUUUUCCAUAUAUUUCAUGUUGAUAUAUUGGAUUUCAUCUUAAUCCGUACGCAGUUGGCACACACUAAACACUUUGUACACUAUGUUUCUGUGGUGUCCUCUCUAGUCUGGGAUGAUGAGGGUGUUCUGUAGAUCUGGAUAAGAAGAAUGACUCACAGAGUCCUGGCUGUGUCUCACCUCUGACCUCCAGCCUGAUCACAUGACUCAGAGGGCUCCUGGUACUGCCAUGUGCACCAUACAGCUGACAGCAGCCAAUGGUGCUCUGUCCAUCAUCAACCCACUGUAUCUCCAUGAGCAUGGCGAUGACUGGCUGACGCAUCAACCAACCAGCCCACAGCGAGUUAAUCGGCCAUCCAAUUAUAAGCGUGAGAGACGACUGAGUAGCAGACCUUGGCCAGGGGCGGAUCUUCUUACUAAGAGAGCUAUCUCAUUGGAGCAGGAGCCCUGCAACUCUAGUCCUAAUAAUCCAGGGUCUCCUGUAGUCCAGGCUGCCCCGUCUCCCCCCACCCCUAAAGAGGGGGUGGUUUUGAGGAGCCCCAGUAGGGAUGCUUCCAUUGAGUCACUCCACAGAACAGGGAGCCAGGACCGCACUACCAGGCCCCCCUCAGACCCCAAGCCCCUGUUCAGCUCUGCCCCUCAGUCGCCUCAGACGGUGUCCUGGAUUGAGGAAAAUGUAUGGCUUUCCCAACCACCAUCCCUCUCCCUCCUCCACCCACCCUCCCCGGAGCUAGACUCGCUGUCAAUCAACAGCGUCGAGGAGGAGCCGGAGUCGGUCACCAGUCCCUCCCACUCCCCCCACCCCUCGCAUCGGUUGGCCGACAAGGUGAUGCACCGCCUCUCGGUUGUGGGCCUCGCCAUUGGUGGGCUGGGGCGUUCACAGAAGAGGCUGACCAAGCGGGUGCAGGAGCUCAGCAAGCGGAGGGACGGAGUGUUUGCCGAGGCAGUGAUGGGAUUCGUUGAGAUGACCCUGGGGGCGGGGUUUAUCCCUGACAUGACAGGUGCGGACCUGCUUCAGGAGGUGCGUACGGCUCUCACUGCCCUGAGAGAGACACUGCUGGACUGUCCUGAGAUACACAUCCUCAUAGACAGUAUGGCCGACACAACAGACUGGGAGCUGGAUGCCAUACUGGAGCGCUCCCUACACAAGGUGGCCCUAAAGCCUGUGAACGCCCACCUGUACACCUGCCUCCAGAGCUGUCGGGACCACGACGGUAGCCUGCGGAAGCUGAGGGAGAACCAGCGGCUCCUGGAGGGCCGGGGGGUGGAGGAGCUGGAAGGGACGCCUGGGGCGGGGGUCCCUGACCCUGUCACCCUGGAGAAGAUCCAGCAGAGGUGGUCAGCCAUGCACCAGUCCUACUCCCCCAGCAGGAAGGUCCAUAUCCUGCUCAAGGUCUGCAAGACCAUCUACCACAGCAUGACGGCCAAUGCCAACCCAGGUGUGGUGUAUGGGGCUGAUGACUUCUUGCCCUGUCUGACCUGGGUGCUUCUGCGUGGUGAUGUGGUCACUCUGCAGCUGGACACUGACUACAUGAUGGAGCUAUUGGACCCCACACAGCUGCAGGGAGAGGGAGGUUACUACUUGACGUCCCUGUACGCCUCUCUCUUCUACAUCAGCAGCUUCCGCCCUCGUCUCGCCACACGCCAGCUCAGCACCGAGGCCCAACAAUCCCUGAGCAAAUGGCAACGCAGGCGCACCCUGCACUGCAACCAAUCACGACGCAGCACGAAUAGGAGGACCCUCCGGAGACCUGGGCACGGCGAGAAAGGCAAGGAAUACUCCAGUGAUGCAGAGCCGGAAACUGGCACAGGAAGUGUAACUGAUGACCCACCGGCGCCCUCUAGUGUUCUGGCAAAGGCACUGCACACAAUCUCAGAGGUUGUGGUAGCGGUGAGGGAGGAGGAGGGCAGCAGAGCGGAGGGCCAAGGACCCCCAGCUGUACAACUCCAGGCCUCACCUCAGAAGGGGAGACAAGACUCAGGUUAGUCUCCGCAGCGUCCAUGAGGCACUCCACAGAUGCUACCCUCCACAGCAUGGCCUUCGCUCCAGAUCAAAACUCCAAACCUGCAACCUAAUUUUGGCCAAAAUUAACCGGAUAGGUUACUGCUAGCAAGGUUUCCUGUUUCCAAGCUAUACAGAGGGUGCUCUAGCAAACAAACAGCAGAGACCUGAGGACACCAUCCAACCUGGAACUGAGUGAGUAGUGUUUGGUCUGAUGCUAUUUUGAAAGCCAAGAAGAAAAAUAAAAAUAAAGUACAUUACAGUGAUAUAUUUUAUUUUAUGGGUACGGAUAGCUGAGUUAAGGCUCCCAGGCUUGCUAGGACAGACCAGAUACAAAUUCAAUUAGCACUAAGGUGUGAAGGCAAAGGUGUCGAGGCCUUUGGGCCCAACAAGUUGCAGGAGUCUUUGAAGCAUCCUCUGAAGCCACCUCCUGCUGUUCAGAGACCAGUCACUGGGAUUUUCUACAAGAGAUCUGCCUCCAGAAAUAAAAGCUUCUCCCAAGUGGUUGUGACACCUAUUCCUGUUGCCUGCUGCACUGCUGCUUGGAUUCCACCUGGCAAUCUGUUCACCGUCUGCCCUGGCCUAACUCCCUCUGUCUGCCCUGGCCUAACUCCCUCUGUCUGUUACAGGUAUCCCCACCACACUCCCCCCUCUCUCCUGAGCUUUCACUCACCUCCAGCACACAGGCACUGUUGGGGCGAGUGACUCUGAACUUACAAUGGCUAAACCCAAGUCGUUAUAUAUUUUAUUAUUUUCUUGUGCAUUUUGCUAUUUUGCUAUUUGACUCAUGACUCCUCUGCAUACUUUGUUGACUACAAACUUUCUUUACCCAACCGUGGGACAGACUAUGUUUGUUCCCACACUCGGGACUCUGACUCUCUAUUGGUUACACAGACUUUUGGCCUCCCAUCCUAUUCUAGCCACCUCUCGCCAGCUUUGUAUUCAUGUUACCUGAUGAAAUUGCUGUGCAA